UUUUUUUUUUAUCUUUUUACCGUGACAUUCUUGGUGAUAUCUCCCUCGCAACUUCAAUUUUGCAAGAACUGUGGCCACGAUGGACCCAAUGGACAUUGCCACACUCGCCAAUGCCUUUGAGCAAUGGGUCAACACUUUUGAUAAUAUCUCACGUCCAUGCAGACACAUAUCUGACCUUUCGGAUGGUAUCAUUCUUUUUGAGGUAGCAGCGGAUAUUGAUCCAAAAUGGUUCAAGCUUAUUCGAUCCGCUGAUAUGGGUGAUAACUGGGUACACAAGUAUAACAACCUCAAGAAGCUACAUAAGCUUGUGACCCGGUACCUUGAGGAAAAACUCGGCCAAUCGCUGGCCAAACUUGAUCCUCCAAAUUUAAAUGCGAUUGCAAAGAGUGGUGACCCUGUAGAGGUUCUCAAGCUUUGUGAACUAGUGAUUACUGUUGCAGUUCAGUGUGAUAGGAACCAGCAUUACAUUCUGAAGAUCCAGACUUUGCCGCACUCCACGCAACGUGCACUCAUGCAUUCAUUAGAACAGAUUAUCGAGGCUCUUAACAGUGGUUCAACAAGAGACUCAGAUAUAGAGGAAAGUAGUAUGGAUCAAGAGUUGGCUCAAUUGCACCAGGAACGCGAAGAGCUUGAGCGUGGAAAUCAGCACCUCAUGUCUGAAUUACAAAAUAUGAAACAUAAAUAUGAAGAAUUACUUACAGAGAGAGAGGAUUUGAGACAAAGGAUACGUGAUUUAGAAAAGGCCUCUGCGCAGGCAUCACAGAGCGGCAAAUCAGAUUUCUUAAUGCGCACAGAGAUUGAUCACCUUCGUCAGGAUUUGCAAAAGAGUGAAGAGCGCAGGCUGGAACAAGAGAAUGUGAUCAACAAUCAACUGAAAGCCAUCGCAGACUUAUCAAGAGCAGAAGCAGAACUAAGCCUAAAGGCUGAUGAAGCAGUGCGUCUAAAAGACAAGCUGGACGAAUAUAAGCAUGCAAUUGAUAAGCUUCAGAAGACAGAAAACGUCAUUGAAAAAUAUAAGAAGAAGCUUGAGGAAGGAGCAGACCUUCGUCGUCAAAUGAAGGUUGUGGAGGACCAGAACCAGGAACUUCUUGAACGGAAUCGCGAGAUUGAAGAAGAAUACCGUAAAGUCCUCGCCUUCAAGUCGUUGAUGGAAUCCUAUAAGGAGCAGAUUCUAGCACUGGAAUCCAAGAACAGUACGCUUGCUAAGGAGAAGAAUAGGCUCGAAUAUGAGGCCAUGCAGCAGGACCAGCGGCUGCAGCAGCUAGAGGCAGAUCGGUUGCGUGAUGGAGAGCAGAUGCAACUGUUAGAGGACAAGGUGCGCGAGCUUGAAUUCUCUGGUGGUCAAGGUGUACCUCUCUCGAAUGAUCUUCAGAAUAUGGAGACUGAUGACAUGGAAAGCUCAUUAUUGGGCCAACGGACAUCUCAAACUACAGAACUUAAGCUCGAAAUUUCAAGACUAGAACGAGAGCUCCAGACACUCAAGGAAGAGAAACAGGAUGAGGGUGGGUCGAAGGUAACGGUAUUGCAGCACUUACUAGAUGAUGCUAACAGGAUCAAAUCCAAGUAUGAGCAAGACUAUUUAAAAGAACAUCAGGAUAAGAUUGCGCUUCAAGGAGAACUUGAUCGUAUCCGUGCUGGUAAAGGAGAUGAAAGUGAGGUCAUGAUUGCUCUUCGAGCCUCAUUCAACGCUUGCGAGAAGGAACUCGCAGAUACCAAGAAGGCACUGACUGAAGUGGAAGCCCAUAUUAAAGAGCAGCUGGAACUCAAGAAUAAGUAUCUUGAAGAGAAGCUUGAAGAGAGGGACACCAAACUCGAGCGUGCGAAAGAGCUCAUUACUUACCAGGAUAAUCGUAUCAAGGAGCUCAGCAAGCCAACUUUAAAUUCUGAUGGAUACAAUGAAGCAGUCAUUUCGUUGAAGAGUGAGCUUGCAGCCAAAGAAGAGGAAGUGGAGUCACUCAAGCGUCAAAUGCUUGAGAUGCAGAAGCAGAGCCGCAGGGAACAGCUGCUGAUGACUUCAGCAUGGCACGACCAACAAAAGAAGAGUCUCCGGGACAACAUUUUGACAUAUCAUCGGAAGGUUGCUCCCACUUCUUGGUUGGGAAAACAGCGUAAUGUGUUUAACUCCCAGCUCGGUACCCGCCAUUAGUCUGAACCCCAUCAGUCAAUACACAGUUCGUAUUUUUUUCCUCGUUUUUGUACAAAUUAAAGACAUGGACAUUUAUUUUCUAUCCAUCAUUCUUGAGCAUUUGUGAGAAAUUUAUUAAUUCUGCACAACUUUGCCCACGAAAUCAGAUGAUUUGGAUGUAAAGAGAUCUUGGAGGGGAAAAAGUGACUAAAGGCGCGGGUAUUUUUUCUCUGCAAAGGUCAUGAUGCGCUUAAUACUUUGAAUCCACUUCCGUGAAGUCUCAUCAUUGAGCACAUGGGCUACUUGCGCAGAGAAAAUCUUUUCACGUCCAGAA